AUGGCUGAUUUAAUACGCGCUAUGGGGGCUCCCAUCGGACCCCCUGUAAAGGAUAAGUUAGGAUCUCCUUCUACUGAGUCAGAAGACGGUGGUGCCGAUCCAGCAGAGCUGGCUGCGGACUUAGAGCUAGAUGAAGCAGAUGGACCCAGCACUAAUGGUGAACGUCAAGCUGUGUUGGCACCCCCAGAAUCAGAAUGGUACCAUGGUCGUUUGGACAGAUAUACUUCAGAAGAAAGGUUAUGGGCUGCUGGCAAACAAGGCAGUUACUUAGUGCGUGAGAGUGACAGGAAACCAGGGUCGUAUGUUUUGAGUUACUUAGGACGCACUGGAAUCAAUCAUUUCAGAAUAACAGCGGUGUGUGGUGACUACUACAUUGGUGGCCGCCAAUUCGAUUCGUUGACUGAGUUGGUGGGCUUCUACAGUCACUGUUCCGAUUUGUUGAAACGUGAACGAUUGGUAGAGCCUGUUCCUCCCCCUGAACCUGUAAACGAUAAAAAGCGAGUGGUAGCAAUAUUACCAUACACGAAGAUGCCGGACACCGAUGAAUUGACGUUUCAAAAAGGCGACAUAUUUUUUGUGCACAACGAUAUGGGCGAUGGCUGGCUGUGGGUUACAGCGCAUCGAACGGGGGAGCAAGGUAUGAUCUUCAGGGAGUUGGUUGAGGACUUGGAUCCCUCUAUCGACCCUAACACAGUCUUCUCGUGGUUCCAUCCAAACUGCACGAAAAGCGAGGCGGUAGAUAUGCUAGUGAAAGCGGGUCCGGGAAGCUUUCUAGUGCGACCCUCUGACAAUUCACCCGGAGAUUACUCUUUGUUCUUCCACAUCAACAAUCAAAUACAGAGGUUCAGGAUAGAGAAGAAGGGGGUGAGAUAUCUAAUGGGGGGAAGAGUGUUCGAAUGCUUGGACGCAGUGAUUAAUCGAUAUAGAAAGGAGCAAAUUGUUGAAGGACAUACAUUAGGACAGCCGUUAAUAGCAGAAGGCCAUCAAAUAGAACCGCAGCAGAACACAACUGGAGCGGCGGCUGAGAAAAUAUACGCUACUUUGAGGGAGUGCAGAGACCAAAUAGGCCUAAAGAAAAUGAAAGGAAUAAAGCAUCAAGGAUAUCUGAACAAAAAAUCUGACAAAGCAACCAAGAAAUGGAAGGCUUUAUACUUUGUUUUGCUCCAAGAAGGCACCGAUACACAUUUGUAUUUCUACGAUUCCCCAAAGAGAACGAAACCGAAAGGGUUGAUCGAUCUUUCUUGUGCUUAUUUGUACCAGGUGCAUGAAUCCCUAUGGGAGCGAGAAUUUUGUUUCCAACUAGUGGAGAGAGCGUUGCCAUGUCUGUCGACGCACACUUUUCUAGCGGCGAGCUCCGCAGCCGACGAGCGCGCCUGGCUAGAAGCGUUGCGUCCCCUCUGUGUACCGCAACAGGCUCGGCACCAGUGUAAGGUGGCGCGCGUGGUGUGGCUGCGAGCGCUGCGCGUACGCUGCGUGACGGCGCACCGGCUGCCGCCGCGCCUGGCGCCGCGCCCGCACCUGCGCCUCGCGCUCGGCGCCGCGCCCGUCGCCCGCACGCGCGCCAAGCCCUCGCCCGACCCGCACUGGGACGACGAGUUCGUCUUCGAUGAUGUACCCCCAGAUGUCACUUCAUUUACUAUCACAGUACAUAAUACGGGUAAAAGAGGCAAAGAAUCAGAGGUAGCAGAAUUAACAAUUGAGUUAUCCACUCUUGCAAACGGAGAAGAAGUCGAAGAAUGGUAUCCUCUAGCUGGCAUGACACCUAUUGGCGAAUGGGGUUCUUUAAGAUUGCGCAUAAGAUACAUGCAAGAGUUAGUUAUGCCUCGCGAGGAGUACAACCCUCUCCGUCAGCUGUUACUCGAGCCGGGAAUUCCAGCAGUGAAAGCAUUAGCCGAACUUUGCCGUACCGACAGGCAACCUUUGGCGACUUCGGUGCUGCACACGUUCGCGGAGUGCGGGCGCGGCGCGGAGCUGGCGCGCGAGCUGGCGGGCGCGGAGGUGGCGCGCGAGCCCGACCACCGCGCGCUGUUCCGCGCCGCCUCGCUCGCCACCGCCGUCAUCGACCAGUUCAUGCACGCGCUCUGCAAGCCCUUCCUGCAGGCAGCAAUAGCAGAAACGGUGCAGAAGUUAAUUGACUCAAAGCAAUCGGCCGAAUUAAAUCCAACAAAGAUGGAUUCUCCUGAAGACGCCUGUAAUAAUGCGGAAUUUUUACUAAUGAUUCUCGAUCAAAUAACGCACUCGAUCUUCCUGACGCCGGAGGCGUGUCCGCGGGCGGUGCGCUACGUGUGCGGCUGCCUGCAGCGCGCCGCCGUCGCCAAGUGGCCCGCCGAGCGCUUCGUGCGCACCAGAGUCGUAUCAGGGUUCAUAUUCCUGCGGCUGAUCUGCCCGGCACUGGUGGAGCCGCGUGCGUGGGGACUGGUGGGCUGCACGCCGCCGCCGCACUCGCAGCGCUCGCUCGUCAUGGUCGCCAAGUGCCUGCAGAACCUCGCCAAUCUCGUCGAGUUUGGCGCUAAGGAACCUUACAUGGAAGUUGUUAAUCCAUUCAUCCUCAAGAACAAAGAGCGUAUGAUUGCGUUUUUGGAUCAGCUCAGUUCUGUUCCGGAUCCAGGGAAUGUACCGCCCAGCUCUAAUAACAAUUUCGAUAUUGCAAAAGAGUUGGCAACCCUUCAUCACAUUUGCGUGUCGCAUCUAAGCGAGUUGCAAACGUUGGCGAAGACACAGCCCGCUAUCAAGAAACUGGUGACCGUUACGGAAAUGCUCACCAAGCACAAGCACAAAUACCUAGAGAUGAUUAGAUAG